UUUACCCCAAGUCCAACCAAAAAACACAACGAAGUUUCUCGUAAUUGGUUCCUUGGAAUUUUGAGUACGAGAGCAAGAGGAGAGAGAAAACCAUGGCCGCUACCUCAGCCAUGGAAAGCGUUCCAGCCACCGCACUCCGCUCUGUUCUCCAUCGAGUCGCGCAAGCUGCCGAACUGUCGGGCCGCUGUCCCGACCAGGUUAAAGUUGUCGCCGUCAGUAAAACCAAGCCAGUCUCUGUCCUCCGCGAGGUUUACGACGCCGGCCACCGCUGCUUCGGCGAAAAUUACGUUCAAGAAAUUGUCGAAAAAGCACCUCAGCUUCCUGAAGAUAUUGAGUGGCAUUUCAUUGGGAACUUGCAAAGCAACAAAGUUAAAGCUCUUCUAUCUGCUGUCCCAAAUCUCGCCAUGGUGGAGAGUGUUGAUGAUGAGAAGAUAGCCAAUCAUCUUGAUCGUGCUGUGGGUAUUCUUGGAAGAAAUCCUCUAAAAGUAUUGGUCCAAGUGAAUACCAGUGGAGAAAUAUCUAAGUUUGGUGUUGAACCGUCAGGAUGUGUAGAGCUUGCAAAACAUGUCUGCCUAAAUUGUCCCAACCUUGAGUUCUGUGGCUUAAUGACAAUUGGGAUGUUAGAUUAUACAUCAACUCCUGAGAAUUUCAAGGCAUUAGCAAACUGCAGAACUGAGGUUUGCAGGACUCUUGGGAUAAAAGAAGAACAAUGCGAGUUAUCUAUGGGCAUGUCUGCUGACUUUGAGCAAGCGAUUGAAAUGGGCAGCUCAAUUGUAAGAAUCGGAUCCACAAUAUUUGGGGCAAGAGAGUAUCCAAAGAAACAACCAAACUAGUUUAUUUUCCUUGCUUCCAAAUUCCAAAUCUAUUGUCAAGGGAUGCCUUAGGAUAUGCUGUUACAGUACUAUUUUUUUCUGUUUAAGAAUUUUAGUCUAUGCACAUACUGUUUUCAAACUCACAUGUGCGAUUGAACGUCUGGAUUGUUGAUACUUGAUAGAUAAUGAUGAAAUGAGCCAUUGUGUA